CAGGCCUGGGUUGCCAUGGAUACCGUGUCCCUGGAGCAUCAGAUCCAGAGUGUGCAACGCCACAUCAGCUUCCUGAAAAAAGAACAGAUGGCCCUGCUGCGGGACCUGCACCUGGAAAUCCUGAGGCUGCAGAAACGCUGCUCAGAACUGACCCAUGACCUGGAAAUGAAAGAGGCCCAAUCCCACCAGCAAGAGUUGGCGUCCCGGGAGCUGGAGAGCAAGUGCCGCGAGCUGGAGUCACAGCUGGCGGCGCGGGCGGCGGCCAACGCGGAGCUGCGGCGGGAGGUGGCGCAGCGCGAGGCGCUGGUGUCGGCGCUGCGCUGCAGCCUGCGCGCCGAGGAGCGCCGCUUCCUGGAGGAGCUGCGUCGCCGCAGCCACCAAGCCACCGUGCUGGGCACUGAGCUGCAGAAGCACACCGAGGCGGCCGCCUACCUCUCCUGCCAGCUGCACGCGGCGCGCCAGAAACUGCAGACUCCGCGCCUGGGCCCCGGCGCCGCCGCCGCCGCAGAGCCCCGGAUCCGCCGGCGCGCACAGCGGGCCCGCCGCCCGCCCGCAGCCGAGGCCGCAGCCAAGGGCCCCGGCCGGGACUGGGCCUCCUGGGAGCGCUCGGCCGGCGCCCCGGACGACGCCGAUGCCAUGCCAGACCCCGCGCUCUUCCUCUACGCCCGGAGGCCCCCGCGGCCCUGUGGCCGCAGCCCGCGCCAGCCGCCUCCCCAGGAGCCCCCUGACCAAGCCACCCCGCCGGCCGCGCCCAGCCCGUCCAGUGCGCCGGCGGACCCGGAGUAA